UAAGCACAACAUGCUUUACCUUCAAUGUAAGCUGAGACAGAGGAGUGCUGAAGUGCUGCAGAGCUGAGGCCAGGAGUGUUUUCAGCGGAGGCGCAGCCCUGCCGCAUCUGUUUAAUCACACCUUUUGGCAUUUAGUGCAGUUUUUAAAUCCACUGACUAUUGCUCAGAUCAAAAGCCCUUAAAAACUUGGAUGACGCGGUGAUGAUAGACAAUUUUGGACUCCCCGGUUGAUGGUAUGCGUUUUGGGGAAUAGGGGACACUGCUGGACCAGUUAAGUUUUCAACAGCUGUUAUUUUUUCCCUUCUUCUAUCCUGACUUUUCAUCAGUUAUGGCUCUUUACUCACGGUUUAUGCUCGUCUUGCUUUAUGGAUGGAGUUAUUUGUGCGUUGGAUUCUGUGCGAUGUUGAAAACGAACAAUUUCCCCGAGAGGCGAAAGAUGGAUUUUACGCACUCGGUGGAUAAACAGUUUACCGCCGAGGAUGAACGAGACGCACAUUUGGAGGAUACAAUGACGGAGCACAUGCAGAUGCUUUACGCCAAAUACAACCGGGCCGGGUUUCCUUUCAGGGAUGGCAACACAGUCCGCAGCUUUAAAGCGCACUGGGGUACAAUAAACAACAAGCAACUGCAGGUGUUUAACCUGACCUCCCUCACCAAAUCCGAGGAUGUUCUGUCAGCAACUCUUCAUUAUUAUAUUGGAGACCUUCAGAAUAGCACUCAGGGCUGCUCUGCGGCUAAAACCUGUGCCCGCCACGGUCCCCGAAGACACAGCCACAUCCACAUGGUCAUCUGGAGCUUUGCAUCCGUGGACAACAAAAUGAGGAGUCUGGGACACUUUCGGAUAAAUGCGUCCACCUUCUACAGGGACUUUAUUUCGUGGCAGUGGAGGGACAUCACUCGCGUGGUCAAUCAAGCCAAACACCAUGACGAGUUGCUCAUUGGGAUUGAUCUUGCCUCACAAGGGCCCCAGCCAUGGAAGAAGCUUCUGUCUGACCGUUCUCCCUACAUCCUGGUUUACGCCAAUGAUUCUGCUAUCUCGGAGCCUGAAAGUGUGGUAGCCACUCUCCAGAGACACCAUUCGUUGGGAGUUGAAGGCUCCAUUUCACACAGUUUCCAUAAGCUGAGAGAACACAAUGACACCAAACAGGAACGACAGCUGCAUGUCAGACACAAGCGGUCUGCGAACAUUCUUCUUCCGUUGCAAAACAAUGAACUUCCUGGACCUGAGUAUCCAAACGAAACCAGAGGAUGGGACGAGACGAGUCCUUACGAGCCUAUAGAAAACAAGCAGAACCGUCGGCCACGGAAAAAGAGCCGCAAGAAUCAACGAGCAAAGAAUCCCCUUCUGCAGUUUGAUGAGCAGACCAUCAAAAAGGCACGAAAGAAGCAGUGGAAUGAGCCGAGAAACUGCGCUCGACGGUAUCUCAAGGUGGACUUUACAGACAUCGGAUGGAGUGAAUGGAUUAUAUCACCAAAGUCUUUUGAUGCCUACUAUUGUUCUGGGUCCUGCCAGUUCCCGAUGCCAAAGGCUUUGAAGCCCACAAACCACGCCACCAUCCAGAGCAUCGUCCGGGCUGUCGGCGUGGUUCCUGGCAUCCCUGAGCCAUGCUGCGUCCCAGAGAAGAUGUCCUCCCUCAGCAUUCUCUUCUUUGACGAGGACAAGAACGUGGUGCUGAAAGUUUACCCCAACAUGACUGUCGACUCCUGCGCCUGUCGAUAGUUUAGCUUCCUGUCUGCAUGCAAAUUCAUAUGCACCUCCUAUUACACAGAAACAACUAAGAAAAACACAUUACAGCCUGAGACAAACAUCCACAGACUUCCCUUUUUGCACUGGAGGAAAGCACCACCUGUUGUUCCAGGUGAGGUGGAGACUGGUCUGUUAAGGGGAGGAAACGGAUGACAUCAGCAUGCCUCAGUGCUGACUAACUUUUUAUCUGCAUAUUUCUCAUCUGUUAUCCAUUGGGUGACAGCAAGGUGGAACAAAUCACUCCAACUGACGUAUUAAAGAGACAGAAACUAAGAGGGAAGAAUGAAUCUUCACAGGAAAAUAUGAAUCCUUAAUGAAAACUAAUCUCAGCUGGAACUGACGCCUCUGGUCGGGGCUGAGGGAAGGUGUUCACCCAUCAUUCUUGUCUUCAUAGCAUAUAGUUCUCUUUAUCCAUUAAAAAGCCACCUCUGCUCACACUUGCAUGGUAAUCGUUACUCUGUGUAUAUGUAUUUAUGUCUGUAAUAUCACUGUGUUAUUCACGAUGGAAGAGGAUUUUGUAUAAUUAUGGGCUUGGUCGCUAUAGAGGAUCAUAUUGGGUUCCAAAGCCAGAGUUGUGACGUAUAGACGGUAGAUUCACAUUUGAUAUAGGAUUACUGCUCCAUAAGUUUCUUUUUGUUUUGUUUCUUCAUGCAGGACAGUAAGCUACAUUUAAUCUGUAUUUUUAUAGAGAAAUAGGAUUUUAGGAAACAUUUUAGUUCAGGACAAGAUAAGUGUUUCUGAACUUAAAGGGAUAGCUCAUAUUUUCUUGAAGUGGGGUUCUGUCGACAGUUUAUAAGUAAUAAUUUCCUACCUGCAUGAGAUAUCUAAUCUUAGCCUCUUCAUUUUGUUAAAACAAAAGAUUAGCUUUUAAACUAAAAGCUAGUUAGGUUCAUAAUGCGGAUAUAUUUUCAACUUAAAUACCAUUAAACCUCCAUGUGCAGUGAUGAUUUUUAUGGUUUUAAAACUGUCUAUAUACAGAAAUCGGUAUGCUUUUGUAGAAAAACUCAUAUCAUCAUCAAAGCGAAGCUUCAAACUAUUCAGGGAAAAUAUUUACAACAGGUAGCUGCUGAAUAAAAAAAAACUCUUUAAAAUAUCCGAUUCAAAGAGCAAAUCGAUAGAGAAAGCGUCUCUGGAAAAAGGCUCCUGGAAUCCAUAUUUUGCUAAUUCCUGUUGAAAUGUUUCAAAUUGUUCAUCAGUGAGGAAAAAAGAUAAAAAAUAUUAACACAAAAAAAGAAAACUGCAGUAACUUGUUAUCAGGACUGACAUAUGUACAAAUAAUAAUGAGCUUUUUUUUGUAAUCUAAAUUGUACUGUGUCCCUUCUUUAAUUUUGAAUAUUUGUCUAUGAAUAUUUACAAAGUGCCUUAAUGCAUUUUUCCUCUACGUAAUUUGCAUGCUAUAAAAAUACAAGACAGCUCUAAAACAGUUUUGCUCUACAUAUCAUUCAGAUUAUCAUCAUUUUUAUGUGAAUUAUUAUACUGUAGCUUAAAAAACUAUUCAGGUUGUGCUGGUUGCAUUUUCCAUGAGGGAUUUGGACUCCUUAAAAUAACUAACCAGCAUCUUCUUUGAUUUUCUCUUUCCAGAGAGAGAUGAUGGUACCUCGGCGUAAGGAUGAACAUUCUUAGUC